AACAUCGUAGCUGUUUGCUGUCUUUGCUGUCUGAUUUGACUUUUUCAUACGAAAUUCGUAACCGUCGCUUAUUCGCCGAGGUUCGACGUUUCGUACGUGUUUGAUUAUCAAAGUUCGAAAACGUAGUGAAAGACAGUGCGCAUAUUUUGUGCUUCAUCUGCCGUCCAGUUUUCGAAGAUUUCUACGAAAUUUUUAACGCAUCAAAACAACAUGUCUGUGACUACAACCGUGCAACCAGCUACUGAGAGUCUUUCUCGCCAUGGAAGCAACAUUUCUUUGUCUUGCCACAGUUCGUGCGGAAGCGUUGACGAUGGCCUCCAAGGAUCUCAUCCUCAGUAUCAGGAUACAAUCCUUACUAUUGAGGAACUUCGUGCUCAAUUGAAUUCUUGUUUCACAUGUGGAGUUUCGUGGAGCGAAGAACACGUUUCUCUCGAUUGUAGUGAAUGUGGUGGUUAUUCUCUUCAACGACCGUGCCCACUUUGUGACGGACGUUGCCGCACCUCGUGGAAACGCGACCUUACUAUGUCCCAUGCCAGUGGUAAAGCAAGAUGGAUUGGUGAAUGUGGACUGAGUUGCGGACCUUCUAUCGAGGAACCAUUGGUGCCCGCGUUGGAAAAGCUACGAGCUACUUCGUGAACGGUGUUCAACGACGAAUGCAUAGAAAGACGUUGUCGUAUACCGUCAACAAUGCACAAGACUUAAUCCAUCACCACCAUCCAUAUAGUAUCACCCCCACCACCAUUGUGCGAGUUGAAAACGUGUGAAUGUGGAUUCUGGAUGCAUAGAUGAUACAUUAUGUUCCUCAGAAGCAAGAACGGGGACAAAUAACAUCGGACAAUGAAACCGUUCUUUUCCCAUGGCUUCCCGUUUGACGAUGGCAUUACGUUUGAACGAUCCAUUAGUGAAGAAUCUUCUUAUUGUCAGAGCUCUAGCGAUGUUCGCUAUUUUCAUCAUCAUGUAUUAAAACGCCAUCUGGAUUUAAAAAAGCGAAAAAUUACUAUGCGGAAUUUUCGCUAUCGACGAUGCUUCUUGAUAGAUCCAUAAUUAAGAAUAUAAUGCAAUAUGACGUUCGAUAUCUUUGUAUUAUUAUAAAUUUCGAAUCAUAUUUUAUUCGAAAUGUAUAUUAAUUGUUGCGGCAAACUUCGACGCGUAAUUUCAUUAUUUCAA